CAGAAGUUCAGUUCUUAAGUAGAACAAGAGGAUUUCCUCCCGCCACCUCCUACAACUUACCUUAGACUAGAAGCCCCCUCCACACAACCGACUCCCUCUUAUAAAUGCCGGGUGCAACUACAGCAACAAACACAAAAACAACCAUGCCGCUUUUGAAUUCAAUGGAGUGGCCCUCAAAACAGAAGAGCAAUGUCACAACGACUUUCUCAAAAGAAUCAAUGGACUCCCACAACGCGGCCAUGCAAUCAUUUACUCCCGGGCAGUGCCUUUUCUGCCCCAAUCUCUCACGAGACUUCCAUGCCAGUGUAGCCCACAUGCAAAAGUCACACGGCCUAUUCAUUCCACACCGGCAACAUCUAGUCGUCGACCUGGAGACUCUCUUCAAGUACCUGCACCUAGUCAUAUUCGAUUACCGGGAAUGUUUGCACUGUGGGACAGAGAGGACAACGGUACAAGCCGUACAACAGCACAUGAUCGGCAAGGGUCAUUGCAGGUUUGAUCCAGCAGAACAAGACUCCGAAUUCGCCGAUUUCUACGACUUCACUUUCUCUGAACAGGCAGACAAGGAAGAGAGCGCACGUGGCUUUGAGAGUGGCGAAGAAGAGUGCGAUGGGCAGAACGUGCCAUCAAGCCCAAGUCGACAGCCGUUACAGGUUGACGAGGACUCCCUUCGGUUGCCGUCAGGCAAGAUCAUAUCCAAGCGGUCAUCGGAACAAACGGGGCCAUCUAUCAAUAACCUAAGACGUCGAAUCCGGUCCCCACCUUCACAGCUAGAAUAUGCCCGGGUAGAGUCCGAAGAAGAGGAGUCCAGUGAGGACCCGCAACACUCAGAUCAGACACAAGCCCUGUCGAAAAGAGAAAAGCGAGAGAGAGCAAUGAUUACACAUCAGCUGGCAAAUAUGAGGACGAACGAUCGAAAUGCCAUGAUGCACUUGUCCGCGUCACAGCAGCGUUCGCUACUAGCGGUGCAGCACAGGAACGAGGAAAAGGUGCAGAAGGAGGAACGCCGCCGCCAGGGCAAGAUUGACCGGAAGGGGAAUAAGAACUUGUAUGCGUACUGGAACACUGAGACGCCUGUUAACCAGUGUGGAUAGAUCAUAGACAAUGGGCUGUAUCCUGAAUGCUUAUUGUCGUUGUCUUGUAUGUCGAUCUCUUUGAAAAGUAGCCAUGAGCUGCUAGUGUAUUUGCAGCAUUAGGAAUGGGUUGGCAACCGUUCUUAUCAUAGCGGAAAUGGAGAGAGGACCUGUCAAGCGUCAGACAGAUUGGCCCAUUACCCCCUUGCGCAGGGAUUCCAUUAGGACCGGAGACAAGAAGAAGGUUGCUCAUCUGACACCUAUGGAGUACAUACUUGCCAUUG